AAAAAAAAAAUGAGAAUGUUAAACUGAAAAGAUAAUUGCCAUACGCAUAAAGCUCUACCCGGCCGCACGGAGCGGGAUAUAAGGGCAACAAGUAGAUCAUUUCACUCAGAGGCGGAGCCGUACUAACACUCUCGCAAAGUCGUAAUUCGAUAAAUAGUUUCACACUUCUAAUUAGGGACUCAAAAUUCCUGCAGAGAUCCCAACAACAUGAAGUUUGAUGAAGCAGAAUAUUCGCCUUCCACAGAGGAGCCUUAUAGCUCCAUGGACACACUCGCCACCACUAGAAAGAAGAAGAACAAGAAUAAGAGGAGGUUCAGUGAUGAACAGAUUAAAUCAUUGGAGUCCAUGUUUGAAAAUGAAUCAAGGCUUGAGCCUCGAAAGAAACUGCAGCUUGCUAAAGAGCUUGGUUUGCAGCCACGACAGGUUGCAAUAUGGUUUCAGAAUAAGAGAGCUAGAUGGAAGUCCAAGCAGCUCGAAAGAGACUAUAGGAUUCUACUAGCCAAUUACAAUAGCUUGGCUUCCAGGUUUGAGACUCUGAAGAAUGAGAAGCAGGCGUUGGCAAUCCAGUUGCAGAAACUGACUGAUCAGUUGCAGAAGCGAAGAGAGGAAGGCGAGUGUUGUGGGGAGGGGGUAGCUGUGAAUAGCAGUGAAGGUGAAUCAGAGAAUGGAGAGGCCACAAAGUGUGACUCAGAAGCGAACCGCAGCUUGUCAUUAAUUGAAAGAUCAUCACAACGAUUGGGAGUUGUUUCAGAUGAAGACAGUAGCAUAAAGGUUGGAUAUUUUGGGUUAGAGGAAGAACCCAACCUUAUGAGCAUGGUGGAACCCGGUGAUGGAUCAUUGACCACAUCACAAGAAGAUUGGGGGAGUUUAGACUCUAAUGGCCUUUUCGAUCAAUCAAACAGUGGUUGCCAGUGGUGGGAUUUCUGGGCUUGAUUGUGAAGGAAACUAUAGUAGCGAAGCAUAGACUAAACUUGCAAAUGAUCUUUUUACUGGUAGAGUCAAGAAAUUUGGAGAGGCAGAAUUGGGAGAUACCAUAAAGAAAACAACAUUUCAGUGAAAUGCAUAGAAGGAGGAAUUUAAUGAAUAGGAGCAAACAGGAACUGAACAAACUGCCACUCCACACGCGUGCAAAAGCUGCCAUGGUCAUCUGAUCAAUUCUCCAAAUCCGCCCUGAAAUUAAUGAAGUUGACUACCAGUGAGUCGAGGAAGCUAACACGUGGAUGUUUCUAUGCGAAUUUGAGAGAGCAUGAGAGAGAGAAAUCUUGCGCAAAUACUUUACUUCAGACACUGAAACAUGUACUGGUUUAGCUACAACUUACAUCAUGUUGGUAAUAUGCUAUCUGAUAUCCAGUUCAGAGUC